AUGGAGGCAAGGGGCAGCAGCAGGCCUGCUGCAGGCAUAGUCUCAUCCUCCCAGCCCAACGGCACCCGUGUUCCGAUGGAGAUCGUGCUGAUGGAGAAGCUGCCUGACAGCUACGUGCUGGUCCUGGAGCGUCCGGAGCGAUCGCGGGAUAUCCUGGAGCUCCUGCAGGAGCAGGGCUUCCUGAGCGAGGGGGCGGCGCGCUGGCUUUUCUGCCAGGUGCUGGAGGCCGUGUGGCACUGCACUGCCUGCGGCGUCUGGCACGGGGACAUCAAGCCGGAGAACCUCCUCGUGGACCCGGAGAGUGGCAGCCUGAAGCUCAUCGACUUCGGUUGCGGCAUGUUUCUCCAGAAUCAGGGCUUCAGAGAGUUUGCCGGAACACGCAUGUACUGCCCGCCCGAGUGGAUCUGCCGGGGCUACCUACUCCAGGAGUCGGCAACCAUCUGGACCCUGGGCGUGCUGCUCUAUGUCAUGGUCUGCGGGCGCUUCCCCUCCAAGAACGACCAUGACAUCGUGUCGGGGCAGCUCUUCUUCUGGCAGCAGGUCUCUCCAGAGUGCCAACAUCUGAUCCGCUGGUGUUUGGGCAAGCACCCCGUGGACCGGCCGGAGCUGGAGGAGAUCUUGCGCCACCCUUGGGUGCGGGGCGGGUGCCUUUGA